GUGAGAAUAAGAAAGAGAUAAUGGCUCAAAAUGGUCAGGGGAUAGAGCCUGCUUUACUUGAUGAUAUAAUCAAUCGGCUAUUGGAGUUCCGGCAGGCGAGAACGGUUCGCCAGGUUCAGCUGUCGGAAUCGGAGAUCCGUCAACUUUGCACCGCUUCUCGAGAAAUAUUUCUUCAACAGCCUAAUCUUUUAGAGCUCGAGGCUCCGAUUAAGCUAUGCGGUGACAUUCAUGGGCAAUAUGGUGAUCUUUUGAGGUUAUUUGAAUACGGAGGAUUCCCACCAGAGUCAAAUUACUUAUUCCUAGGGGACUAUGUGGAUCGUGGCAAACAAAGUCUAGAAACAAUCUGCCUUCUACUCGCGUACAAAAUCAAAUACCCUGAAAACUUCUUCCUUUUAAGAGGCAACCACGAAUGUGCUUCUAUCAACAGAAUAUACGGAUUCUAUGAUGAAUGCAAACGCCGUUUCAAUGUCAGACUUUGGAAAACUUUUACCGAUUGUUUCAACUGCCUCCCAGCAGCCGCCUUGAUUGAUGACAAGAUCCUAUGUAUGCAUGGCGGGCUGUCUCCGGAUCUAACAAAUCUGGAUCAAAUAAGGAAUCUGACCCGCCCGACUGACGUCCCGGAUUCGGGUUUGCUUUGUGAUUUGCUUUGGUCGGAUCCUAGUAGGGAUGUGAAAGGAUGGGGGAUGAGCGAUAGAGGAGUUUCUUAUACUUUUGGAUCUGAUAAAGUGGCUGAGUUUUUGAUGCAACAUGAUAUGGAUCUUGUUUGUCGUGCACAUCAGGUUGUGGAAGAUGGGUAUGAGUUUUUUGCGGAUAGGCAGCUUGUGACGAUUUUUUCUGCUCCAAAUUAUUGUGGUGAAUUUGAUAAUGCGGAAAAGCUUCUAAGAAUCCCCCAAAUGCUGUGGCUGCUGUUUUAGUUUUUUUUAUUUUUCUGUACUUUUUUUUUUAUUGAAGUGUUGCUGUUUUAAAUGGGAGUUCCAAGCUGGUGCUAUGGAGAUAUAUUCAGAUGAUCAAGUGCCAAUUUUUCAAUUUGUCAUGAUUAUCGAAUCACUUUUGUUUGUGUGUGUGUUGCCCAAUUUUACGACACUGUAAAUACAUUUGGCGUUGUAAAUUUUGUCAACGCGGUAGUUAAUUGUUGUUGACUCAUGAAAUUUGUCAAUAGACCAUUCUAAUUGACCCCUUUGGAUUUUGCUUGUGGACUUGCCAUUAUUAAUUUAUUAUCCUAAUCGCAUGA